AUGCAGAUUUAUGGCAUUGGCUCAAAGAUUUCUUUACUACAAGAUUUCUGUCAUGAAAUUUUAAAUGAACACACUUUUUUAUUAAUUGAUGCGUUUCAACCGUCAGUGAAUAUUAGAACAAUCUUUCAUGCUUUGGAAUCGAAUCUCCAUUUGAAACUUUCGAGAAAAAAUAAUAUUAAACUGUUGGAUUGGGCGAAUUCAAUUUCGAAUGCCAUAUCGAAAAACAAUGAAGACAUUGUUUUAGUUAUAAAUAAUAUUGAUGGAUCGGGGCUAAGGUUGAAUGUCGAACAGCAAGCUCUCGCGGAAUUGGCGAAAUGUCCAAAUAUUCAUAUUUUGGCAACAAUUGAUCAUUUCAAUGCAAUGGUAUUGUGGAAUCAAAGAAUAUUAUCAGCAUUCAACUUUCUAUGGAUAAAUGUGAAUACAAUGCUCAGUUAUAAACAAGAAUUUCUCGCAUGUGAAUCGCGAUUGCUUGAAAUAAAUACGAAAAGUGGUGGAAUUAUGCAUACAUUUGCAUCACUCGAUGUUGUUUGGCAUUCAUUAACCACAAAUUCUCAAAUGAUUUUGUAUAAAAUCGCGAAAAUUUAUUAUCUUGGAAAGCGAUCUAUCGAAUUUUUCGAUUUGUUUCGCAGAGCUAAAGAUGAUUUCCUUGUUUCCACCGAUACAGCACUUCGUCAGCAGCUCGUUGAAUUCGUCGAUCAUCAACUGAUCAGCAAGAAACGUCAGCAAGAUGGUAAUGAAUAUAUCUCGAUGCUUGUCGAUGAAAAGGUAAUCCUGGAAUUUCUCAAAAAAUAUACUAAAUUUUUUAUUUUUUAUUGA